CACUUCCCAGAAGGCUCAGCGGUGCGAAUUCUCUCCCCGAACAAACUUGCUCUUCUCUCCCCAACCUGUCCAUUUCUUAGGUAUAGUGGUCCGGGUUCGGGAAGGAAGACCGUCUCAAACGCUCCAUACUGGCCUUAUUUGGGCGUCACGGCCCGAGGUUCAUUUGGGACUUUGUGAGGUUUCCGAGGCACAUUUGCAUGAGGCAGCGCAAUCCUUUUCGCGGGGCCGCAGCUAAUCGCCGAGAGGAAUCUUAACGACCGAGAACCAAGAUCUUUGCCGCGGGUACGUCUCCAACUACGUUUCCAAGAGGACUCUGCGGCAUGACCGUGCUUCUCGCGGGAAUUCAGCCUCACAGUCACGCGCUGGCGGGACCCUCAGGCCUGCACCGGCAUCUGCUCCAGCGCUGUGGGGGUCUCUGCUACUUCGGAAGCUUGGAAAGCUUGAGAUCUGCCUUUUUCCAAAAGAGGGGCCUAGAAGAAGACUGGUCCCUUUCUGCAAAUAUCGAAGCCAUGGCUCAGGAAAAAGUCCAGAUGAUCUACACAGACCUGGCUUUUCUAGAGUCAGUGAUGUUCAGUGAUGUAUCCAUAGACUUCUCUCAGGAAGAGUGGGAAUGCCUGAAUGAGGAUCAGAGAGAUUUAUACAGAGAUGUGAUGUUGGAGAAUUAUAGUAACCUGGUUUCAAUGGCAGGAUGUUCCUUUUCCAAACCAGAUGUUAUCUCCUUCUUGGAGCAAGGGAAGGAGCCCUGGUUGGUUGACAGAGAGCUGACAAGGGGCCAAUGGCCAGACUUGGAAUCAAGAUGUGAGACCAAGAAAUUAUAUCUGAAGAAGGAAAGUUAUGAAAUAGAAUCAUCCCAGUGGGAGAUAAUGGAAAGACUUACACAUCAUCUUCAGUGCUCUAGCUUUAGAGAUGACUGGGAAUGUAAUAGCCAGUGUGAGAAACGGUGUGGCUCUCAGGAGGGGCACUUCAGUCAACUGAUACUUACUCAUGAAGAUAUGCCCACUUUCAGUCAGCAUCCGUCCUUUACGUUACACCAAAUCUUCAAAAACAAAGAGAAAUUCUGUGACACCAAGGAAUAUGGGAAAGCCUUUAGACGUGGCUCACAACUUACGACACAUCAGAUAAUUCAUACCAUUGAGAAACCCUAUGAAUGUAAGGAAUGUGGAAAGGCGUUUAGACAUCUCUCAAGACUCACUCAUCAUCAGAAAAUACAUACUGGCAAGAAACCCUUCAAAUGUACAGAAUGUGGGAAAACCUUCAUUUGUGGCUCAGACCUUACUCGCCAUCACAGAAUUCACACUGGUGAGAAACCCUAUGAAUGUAAAGAAUGUGGUAAGGCCUUUAGUAGUGGCUCAAACUUUACCCGACAUCAGAGAAUUCACACUGGUGAGAAGCCCUAUGAAUGUAAAGAAUGUGGGAAGGCCUUUAGUAGUGGCUCAAACUUUACUCAACAUCAGAGAAUUCAUACUGGGGAGAAACCCUAUGAAUGUAAGGAAUGUGGCAAUGCCUUCAGUCAGAGCUCACAACUUAUUAAACAUCAGAGAAUCCAUACAGGUGAGAAACCCUAUGAAUGUAAGGAAUGUGAAAAGGCUUUUCGUUCUGGUUCAGACCUGACUCGACAUCAAAGAAUUCACACUGGUGAGAAACCCUAUGAAUGUAAGAUAUGUGGGAAGGCGUAUUCUCAGAGUUCACAACUUAUUAGUCAUCAUAGAAUUCAUACUGGAGAAAAACCCUAUGAAUGUAAAGAAUGUGGGAAGGCCUUUAGAGUGCGACAGCAACUUACUUUUCAUCACAGAAUUCAUACUGGUGAGAAACCCUAUGAAUGUAAGGAAUGUGGGAUGGUCUUUAGGCAAACCGCACACCUUACUCGACAUCAGAGACUUCAUUCUGGUGAAAAACUGUAUAAAUGUAAAGAAUGUGGAGAAGCUUUCGUGUGUGGCCCGGACCUUAGAGUUCAUCAGAAAAUUCAUAUUGGUGAGAAGCCCUAUGAAUGUAAAGAAUGUGGGAAGGCCUUUAGAGUGCGUGGACAGCUUACUCUCCAUCAGAGGAUUCAUACUGGUGAGAAACCCUAUGUAUGUAAAGAAUGUGGGAAGGCCUUCAGACAAUAUGCACACCUUACUCGACAUCAGAAACUUAAUAUUGCUGACAAACUCUAUGAAUGUAAAGAAUGUGGGGAAGCCUUUUUGUGUGGCUCAGGCCUUAGAGUACAUCACAAAAUUCAUACUGGUGAGAAACCAUAUGAAUGUAAGGAAUGUGGGAAGGCCUUUAGAGUUCGACAACAACUAACUCUCCAUCAGAGAAUUCAUACUGGUGAGAAACCCUAUGAGUGUAAGGAAUGUGGAAAGACCUUCAGCCGUGGUUAUCAUCUUAUUCUCCAUCACAGAAUUCAUACCGGUGAGAAACCUUAUGAAUGUAAGGAAUGCUGGAAGGCCUUUAGUCGUUACUCACAACUUAUUUCACAUCAGAGUAUUCAUAUUGGUGUUAAACCCUAUGACUGUAAGGAAUGUGGGAAGGCCUUUAGACUGCUCUCACAACUUACUCAGCAUCAGAGUAUUCAUAUUGGUGAGAAACCUUAUAAAUGUAAGGAAUGUGGGAAAGCCUUUAGAUUGCGCCAAAAACUUACUUUACAUCAGAGCAUUCACACUGGUGAGAAACCCUUUGAAUGCAAGGAAUGUAGGAAGGCCUUUAGACUCAAUUCAUCCCUUAUUCAACAUCUGAGAAUUCAUUCUGGUGAGAAACCUUAUGAAUGUAAGGAAUGUAAGAAGGCCUUUAGACAACAUUCACAUCUUACCCAUCACCUGAAAAUUCAUAGUAGAAUUCAUAAUGGAGAAAAGUUAUAUGAAUGUAAGGAAUGUAGAAAGACCUUUAUUCGUCGCUCAACACUUAGUCAACAUCUGAGAAUUCAUACUGGUGAGAAACCUUAUAAAUGUAAGGAAUGUGGGCAGGCCUUUAGACAGCGUGCACACCUUAUUCGGCAUCACAAACUUCAUACUGGUGAGAAACCCUAUGAAUGUAAGGAAUGUGGGAAAGCAUUUACAGUGCUCCAAGAACUUACUCAACAUCAGAGACUUCAUACUGGUGAGAAACCCUAUGAAUGUAAAGAAUGUGGAAAGGCCUUUAGAGUACAUCAGCAACUCGCUCGACAUCAGAGAAUUCACACUGGCGAGAAACCUUAUGAAUGUAAAGCAUGUGGAAAGACCUUUAGACAGUGUACACACCUUACUCGACAUCAGAGACUUCAUACUGCUGAGAAGCUUCAUGAAUGUAAGGAAUGUGGGAAAGCCUUUGUAUGUGGUCCAGACCUUAGGGUACAUCAGAAAAUUCAUUUUGGUGAGAAACCCUAUGCAUGUAAGGAAUGUGGAAAGGCUUUUAGAAUAUGCCAACAACUUACUGUCCAUCAGAGCAUUCACACUGGUGAGAAGCCCUAUGAAUGUAAGGAAUGUGGGAAGACUUUUAGAUUAAGGCAACAACUUGUUCGCCAUCAGAGAAUUCAUACUCGUGAGAAACCCUAUGAAUGUAUGGAGUGUUGGAAGACUUUUAGUAGUUACUCACAACUUAUUUCACAUCAGAGCAUUCAUAUCGGUGAGAGACCCUAUGAAUGUGAAGAAUGUAGGAAGGCUUUUAGACUGCUCUCACAACUUACUCAACAUCAGAGUAUUCAUACUGGUGAGAAACCUUAUGAAUGUAAGGAAUGUAGGAAACCCUUUAGACUGCUCUCACAACUUACUCAGCAUCAGAGUAUUCAUACUGGUGAGAAACCUUAUGAAUGUAAAGAAUGUGGUAAGGCUUUUAGACUUUAUUCAUUUCUUACUCAGCACCAGAGAAUUCAUACUGGUGAGAAACCCUACAAAUGUAAGGAAUGUAAGAAGGCCUUUAGACAACAUUCACACCUUACUCAACAUCAGAAAAUUCAUAAUGCAAUUUAAUACAAGAAACCCUUCAAAUGGACUUUGUUACCAGACAUCACAAAAUUCAUUCUUGAGAAAGUUUGUUUCAUUCUCACAAUUACCUCAGCCUAAGAGAUUUUGUAUUAGAUAAAAAUAUGUUGAUUUGAAAGUCUCCUGUUACCACUCAAACGUUUAUCUUCAGCAAACUCGUGAGAGAAUAAUGUAAUGAAUGUAGGAAAAUCUUAGCCUUAUCUAUCAAUAUAUCCAUUCCAGUACUUUAUUACCAAUAUGACAUUGAACAAGAUACUUCUGUGCCUCAUUUUACUCAUUUUUAAAAUGGUGAUAAUGUGUAUUAUUUAUUGCUGUAUAAUUACCACAAACUUAGUAGUUUAAAAUAGCACACAUUUAUUAUCUCACAAUUUCUAUCAGCCAGAAGUCCAGGCAUGACUUAGUUGGGCCCUCUGCUUCAUGGUCUCUAACAAGGCUACAAUCAAGGUUUCAGCCAGGGCUGGGGUUGCAUCUGAAGGCUCGACCGAGAAAUGAUCCACUUCUGUUGGUUAGAAACAAGUCACUAGGCCAGCCCACAAUCAAGAGAAGGAGAUUACACAAGAAUAUGAAUACCAGUAGGUGGGGGACCAUUGGAAGCCAUUGUAGAGGCUGCCUGUCACACUGUGUAGGAUUGUUGUAAGAAUUAAGUAGUUAAUACUUGGAAGAAUAACAGCUACAUAGCAUGUAUUCUGUAAAUAUUUUCUAUAAUGGUUAUCAUUAGUACUAGUUAAUUCAUGAAAGAAAGAUCCUAUAGAAGUAAUAAAUGUAGAAAUGCCUUCCGUCGCCUCUCAGCACUUAUUAAACUUUAUUCUGGAUAAAAGCUAGAGGAUUACAGUGAAUGUGAUAAGUUCUUCAUCCUUUCAGCUGCAUCAGAAAUUUUAUGUUGAAAAGUGAAUUUUGUGAUUGUGGGGUUAUGAGUACAACUGUUGAAGAAUCAGGGAUGUGAAAUGAUUUUCCCAUGAUGAAUUCCAAAAAACAAAUGGCUUAUAAUCUCCACUGUCUGACCACAAUUCAAGAUGAAUUAGAAAUGAUUAAAAAAGAUGGCAAAAAGACCACUUGGAAAUUUAAUAUUGUGUGUGUGUGUGAAGUCCCGUAAUUGCAAUUCAGUUGAAAAUCAAUGUAGUUUUUGAUGUUCAAAGUGCUCUGUUUUUGACCAGUGGGAAUUCUUUAAAGUUGGGUCUUUUGACAUGACCCGACCAGUAGUUUGAUGGCUUACUAGAUGAUGGCCACACAAUUUGAUCAGCUGUAGAAGAUGCUGUGGCACUAACUCAUCAUUCUGGAAAUUGAUAAGGGGAAAAACUGAGCAUUUAUCUUGCCUUUCCGAUAUGAACCAAGCUUCAGGGUCACCAAAAGUUUAUCAAAUUGAAGUGUUCUUUUGUUUUUAAUUUAUUCACAUAUAGAAAGAAUGAUAGGAUUAGAAAAACUACCAUUUUCUAGCCCCUAUUGGAAUAAGUAGUCCAGAAAAUGAUCAAUGAGAACUGUAUCAUCAGUUUAUCAAGCUGACCACCUCUGGAACCUUUUGAUCAAUCUUAACCUCAAUAAAAGUGGGACUGUCAGACAACACGCACCUCCUGGUAUAAUGCAAUAGGCGGUACACAGCACUACCUAUGAAGACUUAUUGUCAAAAUAAUGAACUGAAGGAAUCAAGCCUUUAGAUAAAAUUCUUUAAAAUCAAGAAUUUGCGGGAAGAGCUGAACAAGGUAAAUGACACCACAAGGAAGCAAUCAACCAGAUCCAGAAUGUAGAAUUCUACAUAUUUGACCUGAUUUCAUCAACCAACAUGAAAAAGGAAAGGAGAGGGACAACCAUUAACAGAUUAAAAGAAACUUAAGAGACGUGAACAAUAUGUGUCCCUUAAGUGGACCUGAUUUUAAGAAAAUUAAAAAAAAAACACUUGGAGAUAGUGGGAGAAAUGUGGAAAUGGACUAAAUAUUAGAUGAUAUUUAAAAAUAUUGUGUUAGGGGUGAUAAUGUCAAUGUGGUUAUUUAAAAAUGAAAGAUCUUAUUUGUUAGAGAUACUUACAGUUUAUGAAAUGAUGUCUGGAUUUUUUAAAAAAAUUCCAGAAAAAAAAAUUGAGGAAAAGAGCUGGAAACUAGGUUGGCAAAAUGUCGAUAAUUAUUGAAGUGUGGUGGUUUGUUCAUGGAAGUUCAUUGCUCUAAUAUUUAUACUUUUGUAUGUGUUUGAAAGUUUUGGUAAAAAAAAAUUUAAAUGCAAAUUAAAACUGAAAUGAUAGGCUUCUAAGAAAUGAAUGAUAAUGUAAUGACUACACAUCUAAACUUGUGGGAUGUCACCAAAGUUCUAUGCAGUGAGAAAUUAAUACCCUUUAAUGCAUUAAGGAAACUUCAUUUUUGAACCCAGUCUUCGUCUUAUCCACUUUAGCAACCAGUGAAGGUCCUGUCACAUAGUGGACCCUUGAUAAAUAAAUGUAUUGAAGGAAUAAGUAUGUGAAGAAACCACAAAUGGAACAGAAUAAAACCAACACAAGUAAAAAGGAAAGUACACUUAAAAGUAGAAAUUAAGAGACUACACACUAUUAGAUUUACCCAGUGUUAUCAGUGACUAGAUUUUGGCGGGUCUAAUGACGGAAAAAA